AUGACAUCGAAAGAACAGUUCGCAAAAACCAAGAAAAUACGUGGAGGACACAGAGCCCAUCUAACUUCAACCUUGAACAUCUGUGAAGAAUGUUUACAAAGCUACAACGCUGAUCGGCAUGAUUUAUAUCUGAAAUUGAAGCAAUUGAAAAUAACACUUGAAGAUAAACUUAAAACACUCAAGACGUUAGAUGACCAAAUACUUCAGUGCGUUGAAGAAGAAGGAGAAAUUGAAACUGAAAUAGCAGAAGCUGGGAAAUUAACAGACUCAGUUUAUGAAGUUUUAGUCAAGAUCGAUGAGGUUCUUACGCGCCCAGAACAGUCGACUAGCAGUCCUUCGACAAACAACAACAAUAAUGGCGCCAACGSAAAUGUGGUCCGUGGAGCGAAAGCUAAACUKCCAAAACUUGUAUUAAAGAAAUUCGACGGAGAAGCUUAUCACUGGCAAGAAUUCUGGGAUUCAUUUAACUCUUCUAUUCACGAGAACAAGGAUCUAAAUAAAGUGGAUAAAUUUAAUUACUUGAAGUCGAUGUUGGAAGGAUCAGCGUACGCGACAAUCGCUGGAAUUUCGCUUACCGAAGCAAAUUAUGACAUUGYCGUCAACUUGCUAAAAGAAAGGUAUGCUCAGAAACAAGUCAUUGUAAACUCUCAUAUCGAUAACAUUCUUAAAUUAGAUCCAGUGAACAAUAGUCAARCAGUGAGUGAAUUGAGAAGAUUUUACGACAAGAUUGAGACACAUUGUAGAGGUCUARCAGCUCUAGGUGUUGAAUAUUCCUCAGAUGGAACAGUGUUAGUUAACAUUAUAUUCCAAAAACUACCCGAAGACAUCAAGCUAAUAAUCAGUCGAAAACUCGGAAAUGAUGAGUGGAAAAUUCAGGAUUUAUUAGACAUUUUGAAAAAAGAACUAAAAGCCCGUGAGAAAUGUUCUCUAUCUUCAAACGCAAACAGACAAGAUCAAAGACAACCCGCCCGCCAUGUUAAUCGAAAUCAGCCCAAUUUUCCCGCCACUAGCACUUCACGUACACGCGACGACAACUCUAGUAUUCCCGCCACGGCAUCAGCCCUCUUAACGCAAGUUAGCUGUACGUUUUGUAAAGGCGAACAUUAUUCGGAUAAAUGUCACGUCGUCACAAGUUUGCAAGAAAGAAGAAAUAUUUUAARAAGGGAAGGACGGUGUUUUUUGUGUUUGCGUCGAGCGAMACAUCUGGCACGUAACUGUGAAUCAUCAAAGAAGUGUUUUCAUUGUAAAGGAAAUCAUCACGCUGCCWUGUGUGAAAAACGACCACGUGUUAAUGACUUUAAAUCUACCGAAGAUUUACGUAAGCAAGACACCUCUCCAACUAAAGAUCGCGGUAUUAUUAACCAAACCAGCAAUACUACGUUUCGUGGAAUAAAUCCAGAAUCUAACGUCCCUGAAAACAGUGUUYUCUUGCAAACGGCGAUGGCAGAAGUGUGCAACCCUCAAGGCGAAGAUAGAAAAACGAUAUUGCGUAUCGUCAUUSAUCCUGGAUCGCAACGUACCUACAUAACGAAAAGAGCAAGUCAAAGUUUACAACUACCCAUUAGAAAUACAGAGAACAUUGUCAUAAAAACAUUUGGAAACGACGACGACCAAAAUCUACAAUGCAACCUUGUUACUCUACGUGUGAAGAGCCUACAGACACAGUUUACGUUGGACAUCAACGCAUUAGAAGUUCCAUUCAUUUGUUCCCCACUACAAGGACAAGCUGUGAAAUGGGCAAAGAAUCAUUACCCGCAUCUUCAGAACCUMCAACUUGCAGAUACCACAGUGAGUGAACAGCUGCAUGUUGACAUCUUGUUAGGAAGCGACACCCUCUGGCGUGUGGUUACCGGRGACGUUAGAAAGGGAGUCGGCGAAGGCCCUGUCGCCAUUGAGACACACCUURGUUGGGUACUCUCAGGACCCGUAACUGUUCCMCAGAACCGCUUGUCAAGUGUCAAUCUUAAUGCAACACAUGUUCUYAACGUCUGCACCCCUACUGACAUAAACAUUGAUACGAAGAUAAAUCAGCUCUUUGAUUUAGAAUCACUAGGAAUAAAGGAGAAAGAACCUGUUCACGAAGCCUUCGAAAGAGACAUUGUGUUUGAAGAUGGACAUUAYGUUGUUAAACUGCCAUGGAGAGAACAUCACGACAUUUUACCAGACAACUUUGAUCUUAGCGCAGGAAGGUUAACAUCCGUGUUGAAACGCCUAAGAAACGACGAUGAACUUUUACAGACAUAUGACAAGGUGAUACGUGAUCAAAUCGACAGUGGAAUCGUUGAAGAAGUUCACCCAAACCUAGAAAACGUUGAARUAGGCAAAGUACAUUACCUUAGUCAUCACGCAGUCAUCAGAAAAGAAGCUUUGACAACGAAAGUAAGAGUUGUGAUGGAUGCAAGCGCAAAAGAGAAACCUAACUCGUCAAGUUUGAACGAUUGCCUACACAGUGGCCCAAGUUUGUUACCRAACAUUAUAGACAUAUUGUUACGCUUUAGAUGGCAUAGAGUUCCGUUAGUUGCCGAUAUAGAAAARGCAUUCCACAUGAUUCACGUCAAUGAAGAAGAUCGUAAUGCACUCAGAUUUCUCUGGGUCAAAGAUGUUAACUCAGAAAGGCCUGAACUGAUGAUUUUACGUUUCYGUAGAGUCGUUUUUGGACUGAACUGCUCACCCUUUCUACUAGAAGCGACACUUAAUCAUCAUAUCUCAAACUUCAACUUCCAUGAUCCUACGUUAGCUAACAAAUUGAUUCAAGAUAUGUACGUGGACGAUCUUGUAACAGGAAGUGACACUGUAGAAGACGCAGUGCAGACAUACACAAAUGCUAAARCAUGUCUUUCAAGUGGAGGUUUCCAUCUGAGGAAAUGGCGAACCUCAAAUACAUCGUUGAUGAACAUUAUAGAGACUGAUUUGAACAACACUGGAGAGAAACCAGAUGUAACUAAAGUCGUCGAUGAUCAAACUACUUACGCUCAACAAAUGAUCGGAGARCCCCAAGAGCUUAAAGAGUCUCAUCACAAAGUACUUGGAGUGAAGUGGAAUCUACUCACCGAUACGAUAGUACUUGACUUUGAACGACUAGUAGAAACAAGUAAAACACUGAUGCCUACGAAACGAAAUCUCUUGAAACUCAGUGCGAUGUUUUUCGAUCCCUUGGGAUUGAUUUCACCCGUUAUACUUCAAUUGAAAAUUCUACUACAAGACAUCUGUACCUUGGAAAUCKAUUGGGACACACCCAUGAAUGAAGAAUUGCAGAGACGCUGGAAGAAUAUAUUUUGA